GAGAGAAGAUGGCUAAGGAAAGGUGCCUUAAAAAGUCCUUUCAAGAUAGUCUUGAAGAUAUAAAAAGACGAAUGAAAGAAAAAAAGAAUAAAAAUUUGGCAGAGGUUGGCAAGCGAAAGUCUUUUAUAACUGCGCCUUGCCAAAUAAUCACCAACACUUCAACACAACUGAAAAGCUACCAGGACAACAACAGGAUGUUAGUCUUAGCUUUGGAAAAUGAAAAAUCCAAAGUGAGAGAUGCCCAAGAUAUCAUUCUACAGCUGAGAAAAGAAUGUUACUACCUUACAUGUCAGCUCUACGCAUUAAAAGAAAAACUUACUUCACAACAAACAGAGGAAACUGCUCAGAACCAGGAAGUAUGCUCUUCCAGAAUGGACUCUAGUGUUGACAGCGACUUCAGAGAUUCAUUUGCGAAGGAUUUACCGCAAGUUCCUCUUCGGGAAGUUCAACUUACAGAACAAGGAGAAUCAUUGCAAAAAGAAGAGCAAACAUCUGUCUCCCAAGACACACUGGGCUUUGAUUUGAAUUCAGAAGAUAAACAUACUUACAAUGUGUUACCUAGAACUGUAUCUCUACGUCGCAGCUUAAAGAAAAAUUUCUGUCAAUUCAAUACCUUCAAUGAUUGUGAUAUCAAUCACUUGUCACGACAAUCUUCUGAAUUGGAAAGAACUAGGUUUGUGGACCCACUAAUAAACAUGCACAUUUCUGAAAGUGGGGAACAAAAUGUUUGCCAGUUCAAUGCAGGGCAAAUUAACAGAUCACCAAAGCUUAUUUACCCAGGAAACUCUAUGGUAGAGAAAAACAAUGUUUUAGGGUAUAAAUCUGAACAAACUAAAAGCAAACAUAGAAAUGCACAUGGAAGAAAAAAAGAAGAGAUAAGAAAAACUAACAGAAAGAGAAAGUCAAAAUCUGCUACAAAGUAUAGAGGGAACAAAAGUGAAGAUAAAAAGACUGUUUCCAGAGAAAAGUUGGAUGAAUCUGUCACUUCCGGUGAUGCUUACAACUUUAAUUUGGAAGAGGGUGUUCAUCUCACUCCUUUCCGGCAGAAAAUAAGCAAUGAUUCUAAAAGUGAAGAAAACAACCCCGAAUCUGAAGUGAGCAUCUGCGAAUCCAGUGGUUCAGGAGAAGAUUCUGGUGACCUCUAUAUGCCCACUUGCAAGUACACUGAAGAUCUCACCAGCCAGUCAGACAGAAGCCCUAGAUCUAAAAGAGCAUUAAAGUAUACAGAUGAAAAGGAGACUGAGGCUUCUAAACCAAUAAAAACUCCUACAAGUUCAACACUUGGAACUCACCCGUUACCUCAUUUAAGCCUAAAGGAUAUCACCAAUGUUCCCUUGAAUCCCAUAGUGAAAAUCAGAAAACUUUCUCUUUCUCCAAAAAAUAAUAAAGAAAGCCCUGCAGUGUCUCUGCCUAAACGUAGGUGCACAGCCAUUGUGAACUAUAAGGAACCGACAUUGGCUUCGAAACUGAGGAGAGGGGACCCAUUUACAGAUUUGUGUUUCUUGAAUUCACCUAUUUUCAAGCAGAAAAGAGAUUCCAGGCGCAGCUCUAAAAAAAAAAGUAUAAAGUAAAUGCAAAAGUAUUUUUUCCAGUGCUGUUUAAUCCCCCCUAUUCUCCCUUAUGCUGAGAAGAGUUGAGCUAUUGC